UGAGGGGCUGGUGGCCCUCAGUGAGGAUGGCUGCUCCCCCAUUUCCAUCCAACAAAUGGCAUAUGUGGCUGGCGUGGGCUUUGGGCUCAUGAGUGGAACCUUCUCCAUGAUCAAUCUUCUGGCAGACACAUUAGGGCCUGGCACCAUGGGCAUCCACGGAGACUCACAGCUCUACUUCCUGGCCUCAGCCUUUAUGACCAUGGUGCUGAUUUUCCUUCACACCUUCUGGGGGAUCCUCUUCUUCCACGGCUGUGAGCACUGGCGCUGGUGGGAGAUCACAGCUGUUGUUGUCAUGCACCUCACUGUUUCAGGGUUGGUCUAUGGAGCAGAGCCAGCCCUCAGCUGGAAUCCUGAGGCCCCAUGGGAUGUUCCUGUCCCCAGCCAUCCCUGUGUUUUUCAUGUUGGUGUGAUCAUGGGGGGUGUCUGGCAGUCGUAGAUCCCAGUUGCCUGAAGGUCUUGCUCCUGCUCUGUCCAUCUCUGGUUUUACCACUUUGAAGUAGAAAGAGCAGUUCCUCCCCUUUCCCAGGUCCAGACCAUUUUUCUUGGCCUCAGUGGGGCUGUGGAGCUCCCCAGGGCUUAGCUCUAGCUGUGCUGGAGCUGCUAGGAAAGGUGGGAGGCAGCCAUGGGUCAGGGAAUGCCCCAGCUACAUCAAAGCUGGAGGGGAGCUGGGUGGGGGUCAGCCAGCAAUGAAGCUGUGGCUCUGCCAAUGUUCAGCUCUGCCUUUCUCCAGCCCUACCAAGCCACGGCUAUGUUUUUCCAACACUGCACAAAUAAGAGGAGGAAGUCCCAGAUAGACAGAGGGCAGGGCCAGGCUGUGCAAGGAGCUCUGUACUGCUUGCUCUAGAGCUCUGCCUGGGGCACAGAGGCUAAUGCUGUCUCUGCUGAUCAGGAAGGGGUCCCUCUGCACUCCUCUGCUGUGGAUCCAGCUCCACUAGUGCCUGUUCCUGCCCUACAGCUUCAGACUGGGUGUAAGAGACUGUGCCGGUGAGACCCACCAUCACCACAGCAGAUGUGUUUUCUCAACAUUGCUAUGGCAGGAAACUCAUGCCAUCACCACAGUGAAUGAUCUAUCUAUACAUUGUUAAGGCAGGAAGAUAACACCACUGCCACUGCAGAGAUUUAGGAGACCAACUGAUGCUAUGGAGCAAUGGGGGAGGCUGAUCCUGCAAAACUUAACCAAACCCCUGUGCAUGUGCCCAGACCUGGGGUCAGGGGGAUCAAGGUGCCUGGAGGCCCCUGAGGAAUGUUGGGCACGUACAUCAUUGCCAGGUGGAAGGUGUGGUGAAGUAGAACAGCUUGUAACAACUCUAUAAAAAACGGAACCAACUAACAUGGGACGGAAUGUUCCCCCACCAGACUUGGAAACGGAUCAGACUGUCGGGAUGCUGCAACUCUGGGGUGGUAGCUAUUGCUGUGAACUCUUUCCUUCUUUCUUUCCUUCCUUUCUCUCUUUAUCUCUCGCUCUC